GAGCCGGGAAACAGAGCUCGGGCUCAACAGCUUGUUGUUCGUGUAUCGCUUCGCAGGAGAAGCUUCGUCUGAAUUGAUCCACGAUCUUCCGAGCUGGACUCCCUCAAAUAACCGCAGAGAUGAAGGCAGCAGACGAGCCUGCCUAUCUGACCGUGGGGACGGACGUCAGUGCCAAAUACAGAGGAGCCUUCUGUGAGGCCAAGAUCAAGACCGUCAAACGCUUGGUGAAGGUCAAGGUCAAUCUUAAAGGUGAAAGCGUGUCCCAGGUGGUUCAUGAUGACCAGGUGAAAGGAGUUCUGAGGGUGGGCUCCACGGUGGAGGUGAAGACUAAUGAGGGUUUAUCCAGCGAGGCAGUCAUCAGUAAGCUGACAGACGCCAGCCUCUACACCGUGGUGUUUGAUGACGGCGAUGAGAAGACUCUUCGCCGUACGUCUCUGUGUCUGAAGGGCGAGAGACACUUUGCAGAGAGCGAGACUCUCGACCAGCUGCCACUCACCAACCCAGAGCACUUCGGCACACCGGUCAUCGGCAAGAAGUCGAACCGCGGCGGGCGGCGCUCGUCUCAGGCUGUGGCCGAUGAGGAGAACGAAUCUUCGUCCAGUGAGGAUGAGGAGGACGACAGGAGGAGGCUGAACGACGAGCUGCUGGGGAAAGUUUGUAGCAUCGAGGACGAAGAGGAGCCGAGCAGCUGGUACCUGGCUCUGGUGGUGUCUCCCAGCUGUAAUGAUGAGCUGGUGGUGAAGAAGGAUCAGUGUCUGGUUCGAGCCUUCAGCGAUGCCAAGUUCCACACGGUGGUGAGGAGACACGUCCACAUCGUCAGCUCCAGCAGGUCAGAGUUCACCAGUAGGAGAGGUUUCGAGGCUGCCCAGGUGUUCCAGAGGACAGGUGAGGUCCCGGCUGUGUGGAAGAUGGACAUGAGUCAGAUCUUGGACUCGUCCUCCAGCGAUGAUGAGGACGAGGAGAAGGAGAGCGAGGAGGAUGAGGAGGAUGAAGACAAAAAGAAGAAGAAGAAACACAUCAAAGAGGAGCCAGAGGAGGAGCUUGAUCCAGAGGAGAGAGACCUCUUCCUGCAGCAGCUCUAUAAGUUCAUGGAAGACAGAGGAACUCCCAUCAACAAGCCUCCAGUUCUAGGUUAUAAAGACCUGAACCUCUUCAAGCUCUUCAGGCUGGUGUUUGUCCAGGGAGGCUGCCACAAGAUUGAGUCGGGCACCGUGUGGAAGCAGAUCUACAUGGAUCUGGGGAUCCCCGUCCUGAACUCUGCGGCGUCCUACAACGUGAAGACGGCGUACAAGAAGUACCUGUACGGCUUCGAGGAGUACUGCCGCUCCGCCGCCAUCACCUUCAGGACCAUCCACCACAACAACCCCCGCCCCCCCGCCACGCUGCCCAGCCAGGCCCCGCCAGGGGCGGAGCCCGACCAGCCCACCAUGCCGACUCCGCCUGCGAAGGAGGAGCCUGACGAUGACAAGAAGGAGGAGGUGGAGUCAGAGAGCGAGAGCGACAAGGAAGAUGAAGAGGAGGUGAAGGAGAGACAGUCGUCCCCGAGGGGGAGGAGGAGGUGUGUGGGGAGUCAGGUGAAGGCAGAGAGGGAGUCGCCCUCCAGACCGGAGAGAGGAGGAGGAGGAGGAGGAGAGCACAGUGAGGAGCAGAGGGAGGUGAGGAGGCGCAGCAACAGAAGAAUGGAGGACUCGGAGAGAGGCUCUGAGGAGGAGGAGGAGGACGACGACGACGACGAUGAUGAAGACGAAGAGGAGGAGGAGGAGGAGGAGAGGAGGAGAGGAGACGGUGAGGAAGAGGAGGACGGGGACUCUGUGACGGGGACGAAGGUGCGUGUGAAGUACGGCAGAGGAAAGACUCAGAAGAUCUACGAGGCUCACAUCAAGAAGACAGACGUGGACAACGGCGAGCAGUUCUACCUGGUGCAUUACUAUGGCUGGAACGUCAGGUACGACGAGUGGGUGAAGGCCGACCGCAUCAUCUGGCCCGUAGAGAAAGGCAUGAAGAAGAGACGGAGGAAGAAGGUGAAGAACAAAGACGAGCCGGAGAGGGACAGAGACGAGGACAAGCCGCCUUCUUUGGCGUUGGCAAAGCCUCUGGGAGCGAAACGAGGGCGUCCUCAGAUCAGGACUCCGCCCACCGGCGCCGCGGGACGCAGCGUCUCCAAAACACCAAGCACAGACGGACGGUCCAACGGCAAGAGGACAGAGACGCCGUCCAGCAUGUCCAACGGAGACAACACGCCUCGCCGGAGGACCCGGAGGACGUCGGGGAUGUAUGACUCAGACAGAGCGUCAAACGAAGAUUCUGGGAACUCGUCAGAGGACAGCGAGUCAGAGGACCCGCCUGACAAGAAGCCCUCGCCAUGGCGAGGAAGGCCUGAAGCCCCACCCUGCCCGCAGGAGGAGGAGGAGCAGGAGGAGGAGAGGGCGGAGCUCCCUGAGGUCGCCACAAUGACGGCUAACAAGGAAGAUGCUGUUGCCACGGCAGCAGCAGGUCCACCGCCCGUGGCCAUGCUGCCACCGCCGCGUCCUGCCACGCCUCAGGAGACACCUGACACACUCCUGAGCCAAUCGGAGAAGGAAGAAGAGGAGCUGGUGGAGGAGCCUGCAGUGGAAGCAGCCAUGAUGCUCGUCCAGCUGGACAAAGACAACAAAUUGUCUUCGUUGCAGGAGCAUGCCACGAGGACGGCGUCCCUGCUGCAGGAGCACACCACGAGGACAGCGUCCCUCCAUGAGACGGACAAAACAUCUCCUGGACAGGAAGUCCCCUUGAUGGCGUCCCCCAGCAGGACGCCUCCCCUGCCCGCCAAGACGACCUCACCUGAUAAGCCGGUGUCCUCGCCGCAGCCCGGCGCCGCAGAGGAGGACAGGUCCCCUGCUCUGUCCCCGCCCAGAGUCAAAGGUCGCCGCACCAUCCUGAGGGAGGCGGGCUCUGACACUCCUCCCAGGACCCCCCUCUGUGCCGCCAGCCCCUCCCAUGUGGCGUCUCCUCCUCGCGGCAUCCUGAAGAGACAGGAUGAGCCCAUGGUCGUCCUCCACUGCCUCCCCUCGCAGCACCUCCCCCCCGAGGCCCCCGCCGCCGACUCCGACACCGACUCCGCCACCGAGGAGGAGGAGGAGGCGGGGCCGGAGGAGCGGAGCGCCACCCUCAAACGGAAAGCUGCUGAGCAGCGAGUGGCUGACAAGAAGCUCCGACCUGACAGGAGGCAGGAGGACGCCACGUCCCCCAGGACGCCCCCCGCCCCAUCGAAGAUGGGCACUGGAGCCUCCCCCAAAACCAUGCCCUCCCCCCUCCGCAGGGGGGAGUCAGAGAGGAGGAGCGAGGGAGGGAUGAAGACAGAGGACUGGCCCCGCCCCCUGGAGGAGACUCCUCGGGAGCCGUCAGAGGAGCGGCUGGUGGGCGGAGCCACAAAGGAGCCUGAGGUGCCUUCAGGGAUGCCGCCCCCCGCCCCGGCGGCCCCGGGCCCCUCCCCCGCUGAGGAGCUGCAGAUCGGUCCCGAGGCACUGGUCUGCCACGAGGUCGACCUCGACGACCCGGACGAGAAGGAGAAGCCAGCCCCGGGCCCCGAGCACCUCCUCCUGAUGAUGAGGGAACCGCAGCCGGCCCCGCCCCCGCUGCCCAGCCUCCUGCACGCCUCCCUCCCCUCCUCGCACUCCCCCCACCUCCCCCAGAUGCAGCUCAGGCCCUUCCUGCCCGCCGCCGCCGCCUGCCCCGAGGAGCUGCACCCAGCACGCAACGCCUGCGAGGAGGAUGACAGAGGGGCGGCGAGGGCGGAGCAGGAGGGAGACUCCAGCCCCGGGUUCGAUGGCAGUGCCUCCUCCUCCACCACCUCCCUCGUCUCCCUGCAGGAGACAAAGGACAGAGGUCAGAAGCGGGUGAUGGACUGUAACUCGAGCCCGACGGCCAAGAAGCAGAAACGCAACCAGAAGCGACUGAGCACACCUGGGAAGGUGGAGAAGAAUGGAGCAGGUCACAGCAGCGACAGUGAGGACCAGUCUCGUCUGUCUCUGUCUCAGAAGUCUCAGAAGUCUCGUUGUCUUUCGUCUCCGUCGACUCACAAAGACAAACACAACUUCUCCCCUCAGAGGACGUACAAGUGGACCUUCCAGAUCGACGAGCUGGAUAGCAUGUCGAGCUCGGAGCGGAUCUCCUUCCUGCAGGAGAAGCUGCAGGAGAUCAGGAAGUACUACAUGACGCUGAAGUCUGAGGUGGCAUCAAUCGACCGGCGGAGGAAGAGACUAAAGAAGAAGGAGAGAGAAGUGUCCAACACAACUGCGUCCACGUCCUCUGGCUCGUCAGACGGCGCCAUGAGUCCGUCCUCGGCCUCGCCCACGCAGAACACCGUCGCCGUGGAGUGCAGGUGAUGACACGCCCACCUCAUCAGCCCCGCCCCUUUCUAUCACAGACUCCGCCCACUCAGCCAGCUCUGAGGGCAUGUGGGGGAGGGGCCACCACCUGACCUUAGCCCCGCCCCCGCGGACUGACUUCCUGUUUGAGGAGAGAAACAUCAGCCAUCUGUUCAGCCGCCACAGAUCAUUCUUCCUUCCUUUUUUCCUUCCUUCCUUCCAUCCUUCCUCCCUCCCUUCUUUUCCUUCCUUACUCCCUAACUCCCUCCCUUCUUCCUUCCUUCCUUCCACUCCUUCCUUUCCUUUCUUCCCUCCUUCCUCCCUCUCUUCCUUCCCUUCAUCCUUCCUCCCUCCCUCCCUCCUUCCUUCCUUCCUAAGCGUCUCCUCAUUUCAAAAUAAAGUGACAGGUUAUUUUGGGGGUCAGAGGUCAUGGUUUAAUUUCCUUUAAUAAGCUCGUUAUGCAAAUGAGUUUUCUUUCUUUUUCAUUAACUCAAAUAUUUUUAAAGAAAACAGAAAAAUAUAUUUAAAAAAAACAAAGUUUCUGACUUCCUGCUGUGAAGUUUUUGGUCUUUUUAUAUAAAAUCAGAGCUUUUAUUUUGGUAAAAACAAACAAACAGAAAUAAAAAGUUUGUGAAGUCACAGCCGGAGCGAAAUCAGUUUUUAACGCUGUAUGGAAGGUUAUUACAACAACAAACUGAGGAAUGAUGAAAUAAAAACUUCAUUAUGAGACAAUAUGAAAUUAAACAUAUUUUCCAGUAAAUAAAUAAAAAUGUUUUAAUUUAAUUUUAAUUUAGAUCUAAGUCAUUAUUAUGAUUUAAAGUCAGUUCUAAUGAAGUGAAAUGGACUUUUUAAACUAUUUGGGUUCAAUAUUUUGAAUCAAAAUUUGACUUUUUGUCUGAUAAUCGACUCAAAAUAAAAACAUCAGACUUUUUCCUCAUAUUUAAAGUUUUUAUUUUCAUCAUUCACAUUUUUGGGCAGAUUUAAUUUUCCAAACGUUGUUCUGACCUCAGUCCUCCUCGACUCUUCUUCUGUGGUGGCCGGCGGCUGUCUGAACUCUUCUUCUGUGUCUGUAAAUACCUGCGGGAGUAAAGCAGAAUGAAGCGUGUAUGAGAAGUUUUCCACGCCUGUAAAGAAUGAUUUAUAAUAUUUUUUAAGAGCAGACUAUUUGUACUGUUUCCUGUUAUUAUUGUUAUUAUGAACUCUGCGUUGUUUUUCUAUGUGGCAUUUUUUUUUCUGUAAAUACACAGACAGAAGCCACGGACAUAAACAGCUUCUGUUUCUAAUAAAGUUUAUAAAUAUGA